CCAGAGUCAGAUUCGUGUGCAAGAGGAGAAACUCAAGUCAUUGCGCAUGCGUUCGAAUGAGAAUCCCUCCAUCUUCUUUACAUCUAUGAGAGAGACGCUUGGUGUGCUUCAGAUGCUGGAAGUUAAGAAAGAUGACAGAGAGGUAUGCAACCUGAUGCUCGAGGGAUUGUCACAUGAGUAUAAGACCCUGCGUGAAACUCUGGUGGUGUUCUGUCCGAAUGAACCGUCGUUCAUAGAGACUAAAGUGCGUGAGAGGUAUCUCGACUUGCUGACUCAACCUGGUCCGAAGAAACACAGUGUUGCACUCAUGUCUAGACCUGUGAGGAAGAGUGCGAAGAAGCAGAACCAGAAGUCAAAGUCUAACUCCGAGUCUGAUUCGUCUAAGAAAAAGAUUUUUCAGGGGAAGUGUUUCAAGUGUGGGGAGAAGGGUCACUUGAAGAUGGACUGCCUGGCUCGUGUGAUAGCUCAUCCCUCUCAGACCGGACCAUCCGAGGACGACAAGGAUGAGAACGGUGAGAAGUCUGACUUGGUGUUGUUGUUAUCUCAAGCCAACUCAAGCGAAUGGAGUGGUGGCAAGUACAUUGCAGCAAUGUAUGCCAAAAUCAUGCAGAAGUGGCAGGAGUCCCGUGAGCAGUAGAAAUGAUGCUGUUUUGGAACACCAUGAUACCAUGCAUCUUGAAGCGUUGUAUACCGAAGCAGAGGAUGAGUUGAAGAAGUACGUCGGCAGUGACCGUGUUGUCCGUGAUUCUAUUCGCG